AUGGCGGCCAACCCGCCUGAAAAUGAACUGACCGACCUUUUUGGAUAUUUGUCGUUAGAUUCACGAGAAGACGUGAAAAGCUUGGCUUUGGAAUACUUGCUUGGACUAACUGGAAGCGUAGAUGGCAUUAAAUUUAUAGAAAACAAUUUGAAACUGGUCGAAAAAGUUAUUGAAUUGACCAGCGAGAAGUCGCAAGGAGUGCAGAAAGACGCUUGCGUGUUUCUCUUAAAUGCAUCAGCUUCGCAAAUCGUGGCAAGAAAACUAGAAAAUCUUAAUACUUUUGAGUUAAUAUUACCUCAGAUCGUUGACAAAGAUUGUAUAUUUGCUGAUAAAGCAGCUAUGCUUUUGUCAAAUUUAACUAGAUCGGAACAAGGUUGCGAAUUGUGUUUGAAAAGUGUUGAAAAAACACCGCAGUACUCCCUUAAGAAGAUUUUUGAUGUGCUUUGCAAUGAGAAAUAUAAUGAACAUGUAGAGCUGCAUCAUUUAGCAACAUUUCUAUCGAACAUGAGCAGGCUUAAGGUGGUACGAAUGUUAGUCCUUGAUAAAGUCGGAGAUUUGAUGCAAAAAUUGUCACCAUACGUUGGUUUUCAAAAGUCUGUGGUGCGUAGAAAAGGGAUUGUUGGUAUUAUCCGGAAUUGUUGUUUUGAAUAUGGUAGGUUUCAAAGUACUGAAUGA